AUGGCUUCCGACUCCCCCAAACCGGACGAGUCCUUCACCAUGUUAGCCACUUCCGAUGUCGAAGCCAUAGGCGCCCACUGCCAGAUGCCAUACUGCCACCAACUCGACUUCCUACCUUUCCGCUGCGAAUCAUGUCACUCGACCUACUGCUUGGACCACCGGUCCGAAACCGCUCACCACUGCCCCAAAGCCGGCGAGUGGGCCCGCAACCGCCGCCUCCAGACCAUCGGCCAGUCAACGGGCACGACAUCAGCAAAGCCGACACUAGCGACCGGCACACAAUGCUAUGAAACAAAAUGCAAGACUUUCGUGAACACGACGCAAAGCGUGGGCGUGCGGUGCGACAAGUGCAACAGGACGUACUGCCUGAAGCACCGGAUGCCCGAGGACCACGACUGCAAGAACGUGAUACCAUUGGGGGCUCGGGUGAGCAAGGACGGGACGGUGGAGAAGACCAACAAGGAGAAGAUUCGCCUCGGGUUCGGCAAGCUGCGAACCUGGGGCAAGAGCCAGCAGGCCGACAUGGAGAAGCGCAUGGCGGAGCUGAAGCCCAAGCCCAAGCCGUCGAGCGCCGCCGCGAGGAUGGCGGAGCUGAAUAAGCUGAAGCGCGAGGCGAAAGGUGACGACAGGAUCACGGCGGCCAAGCGCGUCUACCUGCAUGUCGAGGCGGAGAAGGAGACGACCCGCGCGAGGAUGCCGCAGAUGGGUCUGUGGUUCAGCGAGGACUGGAGCGUGGGCAAGGUGCUCGACGACGCGGCCAAGCGGCUGCAGGUGCACAACAUCAACAACCAGGCGGGCAACGAGGAGGAUCGGCUGCGGGUGUUCCAUGUCGAGGGCGGUCGGGUAUUGGAGUUCAACGAGAAGCUGGGCAAGGCCGCGCAAAGCGGCAAUACGAUUGUGCUGUUGCGCGGUAUUGGUCCUUCGGCACCAUCGGUGCGGACCUGA